AUGAAUAGCCACAUGAUGUUCAUCAAAGCUGUGUGCGGAUUAUUUUUUCUCUUAUGUACUGUUGACUGUUCUUUGACGGUUGUUGGUAAUCUGGCUGUUGUUGGGAAACCAAAAACUUUUGUUGGGACCGCCAGCAAACCAGUACUAGCACAAAUUGGAAAGCUGUGGUGUGGUGCUCAGAUUUUGGGGGAAAAAACUCCUAUAACUUACGGACAGUUCACUAGACUCCGCGAUGGAAAAGUAUUUGAAGGAGGAUUGUCUGAAUUUACGACUUUCUUGGAUAUAAAAGAAGCUCCAGCUACUGUAGCGGGUAAAUACAAGUGUGAGAUUAGGACCUCUGAUGAACAAAUUGCUACUGGAUUUUGUUUUAUUUACCUUCCUCCUAUUCUCGUUUUACCGACUGAGACUCAAUAUGAAGAAAAACCUGACAGUAAAGUUGCAACUAUCGAUGCUGCUCCACUGUUAGCAUCUGCUGGCGAUACUGUUCGAUUCUCCUGUCCCGUUUAUGGUUUCCCCCCUCCCUACGUUACUUGGGAGAAGGAUGGAACAACUUUAGGCUCUAAUGUGUCUUACGAAGGAGAUGACAUCAUUGUCAAUAUUAGCCAAGAGUCAGAGGGGACAUACACAUGUACUGCUGACAAUUCAUUUCCCAUGUUUGUGGAUGGCCCAGCUAUGCCUCAUAAACUUGUUUAUAAUCAAAAACUUGUGGUUAUGAAUAAACUUUAA